UAGAAUUUCAGGAAUCUUGUGAAUUGAGCAGAUGGGUUUCCCCAGGGUGUUGUUCCUUGCCGUCCUCAAUAUUUUGUUGUUUUCACAGACGGUUUAUGGGGAUUUCAAUUUUUCCAAAUUCAAUGAAAACCUCGAAUUCAUUCUCAUCGAUUCCAACAUAGCAUCUGGUGCCCUGCAAGUCACAGAGGAAACGCUAAAUACCGAUCCACAAUAUUCCAAGGUUAAUAAAUCGGGAAGAGUGAUAUACGACAAAGCAUACAGAUUCUGGAAAGAAGAUGGGGUCCCUGUAUCAUUCAACAGCACUUUUGUUUUGAAUCUCAAAGUGGAAAAUGGAUCUGGUGGGGAGGGAAUGGCGUUUUUCAUAACUUCUAACAUAGAUAUAACAGAUAAACCAGAGGAUAGUUACGGGUUCUGGAUGGGGCUCUUCAAUUCCUCCACCAACGGACAGAGCAGCAAUCAGAUGGUAGCGGUUGAGUUCGAUACAGUGAAGAACAAUGGCACCAAUGACCCCGACGGCAACCACAUCGGAAUCAAUGUGAAUAACAUAAAUUCCACAAACAUAACAUCCCUUGAAGAAUCACAGAUCGAUCUAAAGAGCGGCAACGACAUCACGGUGUGGAUACAGUUCCACGGAGAUAAACAGAAACUCAAUGUUUAUCUUGCAAAUGGCGCUCUCAAUGAUUCCAUGCCCUCGCAACCCUUUCUGUCCCAGACCCUCGAUCUGUCCAGCGUUCUCGACUCAGAAGUUCACUUCGGCUUUUCCGCUUCCACGAGUGAUAGCAUUGAGCUCCACUGUGUGAAAUCAUGGAGUCUGUCCAUCGAAACCGUCUCCAAGGACAAAAAAGUAUUAGUGAUCAUCCUUUCCCUGGUCGCGGGUCUUCUGUUCGUUGUAGCGGUUGUCAUCGUGCUUUUCUGGAUUAAGUAUCGGAAGUCGCGGGCAGAAGAGGCGGACAUAGCGGGGACGAUUCAGAAUCUGCCGGGUCAUCCUCGGGAGUUCAAGUACACAGAUCUGAAGAAGGCCACGAACAAUUUCAGUGCCCAGUCGCAACUCGGGAGCGGCGGGUUCGGAUCCGUUCACAAAGCACUUCUUCACAAGGGUAAAACUGUUGUAGCUGUGAAGCGAAUGUUCAAAGAAUCGAAACAGGGGAAACGCGAAUUCAUAUCGGAGAUAAGCAUAAUCAAUCGGCUGCGCCAUCGGAACCUUGUGCCGUUGCUCGGGUGGUGUCACGACAAGGGCCAGCUGAUGAUGGUGUACGAAUACAUGCCCAACGGGAGCCUGGAAAAGCACAUAUAUCAAGGGCAUCUGGAUUGGGAGCAACGAUACAAUAUCCUCUCGGGCGUUGCCUCAGCGUUGCUCUACCUUCAUGAAGAGUGCGAGCAGCAGGUGAUCCACCGGGACCUCAAAGCAAGCAACAUAAUGCUCGACUCCAACUUCGAAGCCCGGCUCGGCGAUUUUGGCCUCGCCCGUUUGAUUGAACACAACCGAACGUCUUUUACUCCGACCAAUGUGGCCGGCACUCUGGGUUACAUUGCUCCGGAGUGCUUUCACACCGGGCGGGCGAGUCUUGAGUCGGAUGUAUUUGGGUUCGGUGCAGUUGUUCUUGAAGUGGUGUGUGGAAGAUCCCUUGGUUGGGGAAAGGAGAAGCCCGAUUUGGUGGGGUGGGUAUGGGAGCUUCAUCGAGAGAAUCGGGUCAUGGAGGCUUCUGACAGUCGCAUCGAUCUCGCCUCUGUGAAUGAGGAGGAUAUAAAGCGUUUGCUAAUGGUGGGAUUGGCGUGCUCAAAUCCAAAUCCUGCGGAGCGGCCGAGCAUGCGGCAGGUGAAACAGAUACUGAGCAGGGAGGUGCCGCCUCCAUUUGUCUCUUCAUUCAGACCUCCAUUCGUUUGGCCAUAUCCUGAAUUCAGUGAUAGCAGCUCCACCGGCAUUUUGAUCAGCCAAGAGAGUGGGUCAGCGAUGAACUGGUUUAUGAAGUCGCCUGCUGUACGUGAAGAAGAAAGCAGUUUAACUUAGAGGGAGAGUGUCUGUGUGAAACAACAAAAGCUCCCGUUGAAAGGU